GUCGUAAGGGGCAGAGGGAGAGUGUCUUGAAGCACUCGCUCAGUAGCCUCACCAGCGCAGAGCAGGAGGGAACCUGGGAGAGAGGGGGAAGAGAAGCGGUGUCUCCAAGGAUGACUUUAGGGACGGAUAUGUCCGACAGCUCUGCAUUGUCCGAAGAUGUGGACAUCGACGUGGUCGGGGGUGACGUCUCCGUUGGAAGGGACGGAAAGUAUAUCCACCACGAUUUCAACUUGGACAAUGACUCGGACGAUAAUUACUCCCAGAACGCGGCUGAGAGGGUUUCCUCUCCGGGACUCAGCAGCUCCGACUGCCCGUCAGAGCAGAUGGGCUCUAACGCAGAGGCCGGGACCAUGAUCAGUGACAAACCCAGCAAAAGUGCACUUGUGAAGCCUCCCUACUCCUACAUAGCCCUGAUCACCAUGGCCAUUCUCCAGAGCCCCAAGAAGCGACUCACUCUCAGCGAGAUCUGCGAGUUCAUCAGCAAUAGAUUCCCAUACUACCGGGAGAAAUUCCCCGCUUGGCAAAACUCUAUUCGCCACAAUCUUUCCCUUAAUGACUGCUUCGUCAAAAUCCCACGGGAACCUGGCAACCCCGGAAAAGGCAAUUACUGGACUCUCGACCCGGAGUCCGCAGACAUGUUCGACAACGGGAGCUUUUUACGCAGGAGGAAGCGCUUCAAGAGGCACCAAAACAAUGAAAUCCUCAGGGACUCCGGGGGGUUUCUCCCCGGGUUUGGAUACGGCCCUUAUGGCUACAACUAUGGACUUCAGCUGCAGAACUUUCAUGCAGCCCACAACCCGUAUCACUCGCACCAUCCGGGUGGCGCAUUUCCGUUCCCAAACGCCCCAUGCGCUUUGCCCUCAGCAGCCUCCAUAUUCCCCACGCCGCAUCCCCUUCCAUCCCUCUUAGGGGCCGAUUUACGAAAGCCAUUCUAUCCUCAACUAAGCCCGACUCUGCCGCCUCUCAAGACGGACUCCAGCACCCCGAGUCGGCCUUCUUUCUCCAUUGACAAUAUCAUCGGUGCGGCCAACUCCACCGCCUCCUCCUACAGCACACAGCCGGGCAGCCAGGCUCAGAUCCUGGCCAUGUUGACCCCAGCACUGGCCUCUGCUUCCAACCACUUGAACCUAUCACAGGAAAGCAUAUUACAACCUGGGGCUCAAACUCAGACUUUCUCAAGCAAAACUGCGAAUAUGAACAGUUGUCCUUUCUAAAAACAAAUCUGGUGAGAAUGACCGCAAAAGCUCUUAUUAAAAAGCCCAUUGUGGUUCUGUCGUCCUAUGUGAAGGUAGGCUGAGCAUUCUUGGUGAAAUAAGAGUGUUGUGGCUUCCCCCCCUGUGUUUCCGAACGAUGUGACAGAGGAGAGAAAUUGAAAGGUUUAUUUAUGGUUUGUAAAUAUGUGUAUAAUAAUGAGAGAGACCAGACGAAGUGAAAGUUGGAUGAAGGAUCUUUUCAAACCAAUGCUAUGUG